GGGUGAUGUUCGCACGUGAGCGACCCUGGCAACACACCUACCUGCCCCUUCUUCAUCUCGACAACCAUACACCCCUACACCACAUCACCAUAUAUCGCAUGCCACUAUCUGCGGGCAGCUGUAUCAUUCGGUCUCUGAUUUAUUUUUUUCGGUGUUGUGCCGUGAGGCGGCAGCUGUUGCUUCGCAAGCUACACGGGCGCAUGGCGGUGUGACAAAAGUCAGGAGUAAGGUCCCUCCCAAAACACACGCAGUGGGCAACAUUCGACAGGUCAGGUCUGCUAUAUGCUAAAGCUGUAGCUAAAGAGCUCGUGCAUUCUGCCUUCUCAGAUCGGCCACGGUCCUUCAGCUACCGAACCGAUUCCCGUAUUCAUCCGAGCACGCCCUUGUCAUCAUGUCGCGCAAAAAGUCGACUCGAGGUCCGGAUUUGCGUUCGCGCAUACAGCACUCCAACACUGCGCUGGGAGGAGGUACGGAGACUGGAGCUAUGCCCAACAUGCCUCGUUUAGCUGCUGGAACGAUGGGAGCGCAAAUGAUGCCUGCUGGGAGCGGAGGACUAGGAUUGCCUGGCGCCAACGGUGGCAGAAUGGCAUACAAUGCUCAAGGCACGCAACCCACGUCGGCGUCUUCGCAGGGUUUACCUCAAAGUGGGAGCAGUCAGGGCUAUCUGAAGACCAUGACCGCUUCAAGCAGUGCAUCUGGCCAGAACCUUGGAGCAGGCCCCAGCUUUGUCAGUCUCACUCCGAGCGACUCCAUCUCGAACUAUGAAGGUCGGGCUGGACAUGGUGCAGCUGCAAUGCUAGCGUCAUCAUCUUACGGACCUUUGGCAGACGUGUAUGAGCCCAGCGGAGGGUCCACAGCGAGUUUUGCGCAAGGACAGUACGGACAUUCAAAUCAGUACCAUGCUCAUGCAGCUCCGGGAGGAGGAGUGGAGACGAGCUUGAUCCCACCUGUAGCUCAUCAGGAACCUUCUAGCCAUCCCGCUCGACCUGCGCGGAGCGUCAGGAGACCUCAAGGGCAGCAGCAAAAUGGAGCAACAGCUGCGCCUUCAGCACGCCCAGGCGUUGAGCCCGCUGCGAGCAGCACCGGCCCCGGUCGAAACCUCUUGGAUCGAACGCGCACUUCCGCUGCACGACCCCAGGCUGGCGGGGCAUCUGAUCGACACGCGACCAGCGCACGAUUGAUGGCUCAAGUCAAUGGGCAGAAUGGGAGAGAGACGCCGAGCUCAGUCGGAGAUGAGGACGAGGAAGAUCCGUACGGAGGUAUGGAUGAUGGUCAUGCGCGAGGCCCAAGCAGCCCCCCACUUAGUGCAGACGUCUCGCCGACAGUGGGACAGCUCAGCGGACGGAGCGAGCCUGCCGCUCUGGGUAGCGUCCUGUCUGCUCUCAGCGCAGCCGGACGCAAACAAGGUGCACAGCGUAUCCUCAGAGGCACCACAGCCGAAGAAGAGUCUAAGCGCAGAAGAGCCGAAAGGAAAGUAGAAGAGGCCAGGUCGAGGGAGAGCAAACCCAUCGAACACUACAUCGACAGGCGGGACGAGAGGGCUUUGAGAGGCAUCAAUGGUGUGCUGAGAAAAGUCAAGGCAGAGUGGGGCUUCGUGGCCGAGGAUGACUUCAGUCCCGUCGCACUUGCGCUCAGCUUGCUGGAUGAUAGCUCGCUUGGCGCGAGCAGGCACGAUUUUGAGAUGAUUAAGGACGGCAUUGAGCAGAGCCUGCAGGGCACAGUGGAUGAUCAUCACGAAUCGUUCGCAAAUGCUAUCACCCUCCACAAUAGCGUUCUGCAAUCGCUCAGUGCAGCGCAAAAUAGCGUGUCCGGAGCGCGCAGGCGGUUACGAGACUCGCGAGAAGCACUUGGACAGAAGAGGGCGGACCUGGUACAGCUUUGGCAGCGAUCGCAAGGAGUGAAGGAGUCGCUCCGGCUCUUGGAUCAUGUAGAGCAACUCAAAGGCGUCCCAGAUCGCCUCGAAUCUUUGAUGUCGGAGAAGCGCUUCUUGCAAGCUGUCAAUCUCUUGGCCCGCAGCGUCAAGCUCAUUGACAAACCUGACAUACAAGAAGUUGGUGCUACUCAAGAUCUCAGAACAUACCUCAAAGCUCAAGAGCAGGGAAUGUUUGAAAUUUUGAUAGAGGAGCUGCACAAUCACCUGUACCUGAAGAGCUUCUUCUGCGAUGCUCGAUGGAAGAGUUAUACGUCUGGUCAAGAGCAAUUGCCAGACGUCGACUUUGGUCGCGAGUACGACGGUGACACGGAAGUGGAGCCUUCUGAGCGCGCUUCAGCUGCUUCGCCUGUCGCGGGAAGACGAAUGAAUCACGGUGCGAACAGGAGCAUCAGUGGGCUAGACUCCGUGACGGAUAAUGAAGGCAAACGCGCCACAAAGCUCACUCGAUACCUCAAUAAUCUCUCCUCGAGACCUUCCUUCGAUCCGAAUCUCGCCACCGAGCUGCCUGGUCUUGGUCUGCCUCCUUCCAUGUCCAGCCAUGGUCUAAGCAGAGACGGCGCGACCAUCAAUGGGCAGCCAUCCACUGUUGGAGCGCAAAUGUCCGCCUCCAAAAGCAGCGACUCCUUCGCAGCGGCUGGAAUGACGAGCAGUGCCAAUGGGCAGAACAACGAGACGCUCCAAGCGGCGGCCAUUUUCGACCAGAAUCCCGAAGCGGACUCUUUCCUCUACAUUGAGAUGCUGCUCGAGAGUCUGUCUAGGCUGGGCAAGCUGGGCUUGGCACUGGAUAUUGUUCAGCAGCGACUGCCCAUUGAAUUGCAUCAGUUGGUCGACGCUACCAUCGACGAGGUGGACCAGCGCAAUGAGCCUCUACGCAUCUCUUCCGCUUCAGCAGCAACGACUUUCCAAGCCGCAACGAUGCAGCCCGAGUCUAUCCUUCUGGCUUCGUCUGCAGCCUUGGCUCGCUCAUUUGCCGAAUCGACGCGCACGUCGUUCAGAUCGAGCUUUGGCUCAGGUCUGGCCAAUCAGGUUGGCGCUGUGGGGCCCGAUGGUAGACCUUAUAGCACCGUGCUGCGCUUGAGCGAAACCGAGACGUCGACCGUCGUGCGAGAUAGCGAAACGAUGAGGGACCUGUUCUGGACGCUGUUCUCAAAGCUGGAUGCGGUGCUUCAAGGUCAUAGAGUGGUGCAUGAGGUCUCGAGCCGGAUCGCCACACGCUCCGCGCUGAGCAAUUCAGGGCAUUCUGCAGAUGUAAAUCAGUCUUCCGUUGCCGCUAGUAUCAGGAACAGAAAGACAACCACGACGACCAAUCUGGUCGCAAUCUGGAGACCUAUUCAGAACGAGGUCAGAACGCUGCUGCAUGAUCAUCUCACGGACGACUCUCAAUCAGCCACCGCCCGCAGAAAUGCGGUCGUCUCCGUCAAUGAGGUCCUUCGCUCUGGCCAGUCUGGCAGAGACAAGGCGAAGAAGCUGUAUAGGCUUGCGGAGUCCAACACGAGACCGGUGGGGAUUGGCGGCGGCGGCGCCAGCGGCGGAAGCGCGCUGGUGACGGCAAGAAGAGAUAUGGGCCCGCUGAGAAAGCACGAGGAGGCUCUCACCGCUGCUUUGAGAGGCUCCGUCCCGGGUCUCGUAUCAGCAUUGGACCCGCUCACAUCCACUGGAUCCAGCAUCUCGGCCGCGCAGCGCGAGCAUCAAACAGCUCAGGUCAUCGUGUCGGCCUCUAGAUUGGCCUCGGCUUCCGCCACGAUGGGCUCAGCGAGCUCAAGCGGCGGAGAAGCUGGAUCUUCUGCCGGCUAUCGCCUCUUGGUCAAGCCGGACGCCUUCAACGUCUCUGUGCUGUUCCAACCCGCUCUGGCCUUCGUCGAGAGGGCCCAGCGCGUCAUUCCUGGCGGAAGCGCUGCUUCCGAACCUUCAGGUAAAGGGUUCAGCGCAUUUUUGGACGAAUUUGUGCAGGACGUGUUUCUGCCUCAAUUGGACGAAAAGGUGCAAAGCCUGUUCGCUUCCGCUGUAGGAGGCUCGGAUGCAUUCCAAGAGUCCCCAACUUCCAAAGCGUUCUCGAUCAGGCCCGUGGUCAAGUCGGCUGCUAAUGUCAUCGUGCUCAUCGACAGCCUCUACUCUAUGCUUCGGACAACACCAUUUCAUAGAGAAAGCUAUUCGCAUCUCAUCAUUCAGACCACGGUCCAAUACUAUCAGCGCUGCUGGGAUCGAUUUAAGGACCUCACCCUUGUUGACACGAUGGACGGCGAUGGACUCAGUGGGCUGCGCUCACCUCCGAUUCCCAACAGAGGAGGCUCAGCCCAAGCCAGCGGGCAUGCUAUCAGCGCAUUGCGUUUCAUGCUUUCCGCGGACUGGGCGCAGCGGCAAGACCUCAGCGAGUGCCUCUCGGAGAUUCUGUCUUCCAGCUGCACGGCAGAUCGCAAGCGCUUGCUGCACGCUCAAGAAAACAAGUUUGAAUUGGCACUGGCUGCUAGGAAUAGUGCGCACCCCGGCUCAAGUGGAUCGGCUACGCUGCCUCGCCCGCAGAACGGCUCAGUGCGCAUGUCGGAUCUGAUCACAAGUCGCAAGAGGCUGAUGGCGCUUGGCAACUUGCAGCAUAGUCUGCGAUGGUUCUUGGCCCACAUUUCUCGACUGCGAGCAACGGAUCAGAUUGUCACUGUUGCUCCAGCUCCGGCUGCUCGCCUAUCGGUGAUGCAGGGCUUGGCACCCAACCCGUCAGAAGUAGCAGAAGAGCGAGACUUGUCUUUGCCCUUGCCUCUAGGUCCGGAGAUGGCGACUCGAUUUGCCGCCUUGCCGAAGACGUACGCGUCGCUUGCGAAUACGAUCCUGAUGACUCUGCGUCUCGAACUACGUGCAAGAGUCAUCCAUCACCUGGAUUUGGCCAUUGUGGAAGGCAAUUACCUGGUCGAAGAGGCUGUACUCGAGCCAGAUCCGCAUGUUGUGGACCUCAAUGCUGAGCUCGCUUCACUCGAUGACACGUUCGCGGAUAGCGUGUCGCCGGAACAGCAUCGGUUCUUGUUCUCUGGCUUGGCAUCAUUGAUGGACACUAUGCUGUGCGCUUCGGUCCGCAAGAUCAGAGCAGUGAAUCAGCAAGGCGUGACCAAAAUGAUACGCAACAUCUUGGCGCUACAGCAAAAUCUGCGCAAUAUUGUCAUUGCGGACACGUCCAAGUUGACAUCGGUCGGCAAACAGUCGCGACAGGGCCUUGAUGCCGGCAGGGCGGCCAUCACCGAAGACUUUGAGCGGUGGAACAACUUCGACAGGUCUCGAGGACUGUGGGAGCUGUUGAGCAAGGAGCCAAAUAUCAUGCUGGCGGCGAUACGCACGACAUCCAGCAGCAAAAAGGCGACUUUCGAUGAGUACAAGAGCGCCAUUACGCUCAUGCUGGGUCUGGACAAUGUGAGCGCGAGCGGCAGCGCUUCGACAACGACGACGACGACCGCUGUCGCUGCACCUGCACCGACCAGCGCCGGUGCAGCUGGCGCACAAGAACCCUCCACGCCGACAAGCGCUUUCGCACCACCUACCACGCCAGGCGGCAAGAUGCUGCCUAGAGCUGGACUCAAACCUGGCACCACCGACCUGGCACGCGAUGUCAGUAGGCAAAAGUUCAACGAAUUGCUCAUUGAACUGCACGAAAUUGCCGGUGAUGCAGGCGAUGACGGCAUAUAGAGCAUGAUUGUUGAGAGGUCUUUGGAGGUCUUUUGCGCGUGACUCUGCAAGUCCGUGCAACACGUGCGAGGACGUCAUUGCACCUCGAGGUAAUCUCUUGCACCUUUUGCUUCUCCUUCAGACACUACCACAAGCUCAGCAAUACUCUUGCAUUUAGCACCAUUCCAUUCCUCUCGUAUACAUGCAUUGUUGGCUCAACUCUUCCAAGCUUCGUCCCAACUGUCACCAUUGCCAGCCUGGAGAUUUCCACUGGUUUCGCAAGGGUGCAUUGGUGGGCGACACGCCGCCCGU